UCAAUUGUUGCCAUUAAACAUUUUGUUACCGGAUACAUCGCUUCGUAUUCAAGACAGACAAUUCAGAGAAGUGCCAUGUUAAUAGCGUUUUCCUGUGCGCCCGAGAUGUGACGCUAGGAGUUUCCUAGACAACAUUAGAGAUGGACUCCCUUGAUAAGAAUGUUCCAAUGUGCGUGUCAUCUGGCUUUUUGUUCUGAGUGGGCAGUGGAAGGAGAGAUAAUCACGUUGACAUAUUCGACUAAGACACAUGUACACUUCUCCGUACUGUCUACGCCAUGAAGAACGCGGUUCACGUUAUUUUAACGUUUUUGACGUUAUGGAUGAUCCUGUGUGACGUCACCAGUGUGUUUCUAUGGCAUCGGGAGCUGUCUUCCGUUAAAGGAGUCUGUGAUGCCCAAUGCGAGGCCCUAUGUCAAGAGCAACCAGACCCUGCGGACAAAUGCGAAGACCUUUGCAGACCAAGUACACGGAGACAGUGGAUAAUCAACUGCACAGAUGGCGGCGACUGCAGAGGGGCUGGGUACUGUUCGGUCCUCAAGAACAUCAGUCAAGGAGGCUACCUUCCUCCAAAGCCGGACGUGAAGAUCCUGAGGGACCCAGUGACCCGUAACAUAAUGCUCCAUUGGACCCUGGACACCACGACCCAACACAAGAUCAUCUACAUCGUCCAGUGGGACCUGGCCUUGCACCCGGAGACGCUCUUCAAUGUACCACCCCUCCCUAGUCAGAGCCCCCGGGAACUCAAGAGCAUAUCGUGGUAUACGCAGGGAUGGACUAUCAGCGACACCUACCUAGUGAAUGAGGAAACAGAUGUCUGUGUACGGCCGAUGUUCAGAGUCGCUGCGGUGUCCAGGUUCGGAUCACGAUGGUUCACUGAUCCCAUCAAAACACCAGCGAUCGCUCCAGUGGAGGUGAGGAACAUCACCCAUAGUCCAUUUGUCUACGAUGCCAAGACUGAGGAGAUCAAGUUCGUGCUGUAUUGGCAGGAACCGGAAGGCUGGAAUAACAGCGAGAUCAUCAUGUACAGCUGGACGAAAAACCUUGACCAGCCCUGCUCAAACAGUGGUCAAAGUGUACCUGUCUUCUUCGACUCUCAGACCUCGACCCAUCAUUCGAAUAGUUUGAAUGUCCGAAUGCCAAAGGGAGGCAUGGGUUGUAAGUUCAAGUUCCAGGUGCGGGCAUUUUCAAGAUGCACCCCGAAUGCAGUUGGACCAUACAGUUGCAUUAACAUCAACAUUGACUGCAAUAAUGUGAUCGGGUUUUCAUGUCCGAAGACGCCUAUUUACAACCCCCCUGGCAAUGUGGUGAACAUUACAAUGAUGGUGGUGCCCAUUCAGCGUGGAUACCGGGUGUUGAUGGGGUGGAGGCCUCCCACGGACAAGGGGUCCAUAGGUCAGAUUGACCAGUACCACCUCAGAUGGGGCAAACUGAACUUAUCUACGUACGACCCACUGAUUGGCCUUGGAACCCUGUACAACACCAGCACCAAGACUGUACCUGGGAAUAAUACAUGGGCGGAAAUUCAGUUCGCGAACUCAACUCAAAAUACCUCGGACACUUAUGGCGUACAGAUAAUCGCGACACCCCCCGGGCACAGUCUGGUUGGGUCAUGGUUGUCGCCCGUCACCUCCAUGUCCCCCUGGCCGAUUGGAGACGACGAUGCCCCGCCAGCAAUUACAACCAAAAUCGAACUUCCAGAAUACGCCACCGUGCUGAAGGACGACGAUGGUGUGGUCAUUGUGCUGGUACCCAAGGCCAGGGGGGCCAAGGUGUAUGUCGCCAUGCCCGAGGAGCGGUCACGGACCAACCUGAAAGGCUUCAGUCUUCAAUGGGGGCUUGUCCACAACAGCACAGACAAACCAGCCUUCGUGAAUAAAAACACCACAUUUAUUACAAGGAACACUACGUCAUUGGUGCUGGAUCAUCUCAUUCCAAACAGGUGCUACGGGGUGCAGGUAAUUCCACUUUACAAGACGUCAAAGGAUUACGGUCUUGGUAACAAUAGCAACAUAGACCUGGAACCAGAGGAAGAACCAGAACUAGAUGUCCAUUUCUUCACCAUGCCCUUGAUACAAGAUCCAGUUGCUGCGUCUGCGGAUGGAAGAAAGGAAGACCCCCACGGUGGAAACAAAAAUGUCCUGGUGGCCGUGUCGGUGACGGUAUUGGUGGUAGCGGCGAUCGUCGUGGUGCUAGCUGUAGUUGGCCGGAUCGUUUACAAGAAGAGGAGGAAGAAACUGCCCCACCUACAACAGAGACAUGGACAUGACAGCGACGCCUACAGCUUCUACUACGACCUCGGUGGACGGACACGGGCCGAGAUCAGCAGCCUGGCAAGUCCCCCGGUGGUAGCAGACCGUUGGGAGCUACCCCACAGCUGUCUCAAGCUGGGGCAGGUGUUGGGGAGUGGGGCAUUUGGUCUGGUCCUGAAGGGCAAAGUAACCUACGCUAUGCUGCAUCACAGGGGAGCACAGUUACCGCGGACUGAGGGCCAGGAUAGGAUACAUGUAACAGUGGCUGUCAAGAUGUUACAAGAGGACGUGGGCGGUCGGUACUACCGAGACUUCAUCAAGGAAAUCAACCUGAUGAAGAGGAUCGGCUACCACGCCAACGUCGUCAGUAUGCUGGGUUGCUGCACGCUCCGUCAGCCCAUCUGCCUCGUGGUGGAACAUAUGGCGAAUGGCGACCUCCUUCACUACCUGAAGAAGAUCCGACACAGCCUUCGGGUGCAAGAAGAAGAGACGGGCCACUAUGAGAACAGAGAGGUGGAACACAUCACCCCUCUGGACCUGCUGUCAUUCGCCAGGCAGAUUGCACGAGGAAUGGAGUUCUUGUCAGGGAAAUCAUUUGUUCACCGAGACCUGGCAGCGCGGAACAUAUUAGUUGAUGACAACAAGGUCUUGAAGAUUGGUGACUUUGGCCUGACACGCUUCAUCUAUGAUGACAAAAUCUACGUCAACCGUCAUGGUGGAAAACUCCCUGUCAAGUGGAUGUCUGUGGAGGCCAUCUUUGAUCUGACCUUCUCAACAGCCAGCGAUGUAUGGUCCUUUGGAAUUGUAUUGUUCGAGAUUGUGACCCUAGGUGGCACUCCAUACCCUGGUGUAGCCAAUCGAGAGCUGUUGUCAAAGCUGCAUGCUGGAUACCGUAUGGAGCGCCCGGAUAACUGUUCCACUGAAAUGUACCAGCUUAUGAGAGACUGCUGGAAGAGUGACCCAAAGAAACGCCCAAGUUUUUCUGAGAUAGGAGAGAGAAUUGACACCAUGAUCGCAGAAUGUUCAGGCCAGGAAUACCUUGACCUUCAACUUGAUGAGUGUCAGGGCUACUAUCAGGUGCAGAAUUCUGAUGAAGAAGAGUCUGAUGGUGAACUGAGAAUGGAUAUCCAUGAUGUCCCUGGUGGUGGGAACGAGCUCCAAGAAGAAGAUGGGGAGGAGGAGACAUCUGAAAAUAGAGCGAAGGAAACAGAUGGUACUCUGACUGCAGAGGUGAAGAAGCUUGAUGAGGAGAUUGAGCAGGACCACCAUGACAGAGAUGCUAAUGAAGGACAGUUAUGGGCUACUUCAUCUCCAGUAAUGUGUGACAGAUUGAGAGUAGCAGUCUCACACCCAGAGGAUGAAGAAUUUCUCACUAUCCCAAAAUUCAUCUCAGAGCUUGGAAGUUUCAAAAGUGAAAGAUCUAGAGGUGGUUCCAGGAAGGAUGAUAGGAAGAUUCCAGCAAAACUCCAGCUGAUGGAGAAACUACAUGAAGCUGGUAGAAGGGAGGACAGGGAGUCAGACAGCUCUCUAAGUCCUUUGUCGGAUGAGGUCUUCUCAGAUGGUCUGUAUACAGCACCAUAUUCAUACCUGCAAACACCGGACCAUGAUUGUCUUCCUGAUAGCGAUACAUCACCAACCAACUCCGAGAUAUCAGACAACGUCUUCAACACUGAUUCCAAUGAAAUGUCUCACCAGUGUCACCGUCGGUAUGAGAGGACAACCUCUGAAAUAUCAACCACCAGCAUUGAUUCUGGCUUCCCUCAGAGUCCUCUACAGACUGACUUCCCAGGGUACUCCCCCAAAACAGGGUACUCCUUAGGAUAUUCCCGCAGCAGACUAAACUCCCUAGGGCAUUACUGCAACAGACUGGACUCUCUAGGGUACACUCGGAGCAAGAUCGACUUUGGAUACUCUCCCCGGUACAAGCAAAAGUACAGUAAGAAUGCUUCAAGAAGUCCCCAGUUAGUGUCCUCUCUGGGUCAGUUGAGGAGGUUGACCAGACACACCUCCAUGUCUUCUGGGGGGAUGUCUUCCUUCUGUUGCAGACCAUGAUGAAGAUCUUCACACUUCAAGCCUGUAACAAGGUGAAUAAAUAUUGUCACUCAA